AUGGAGCAAGAGAAGGCGAAACGACUGAUGAAUGAAGCAAUAGAUACGAAUGAAAGCGACGAAGUGACGACAAUAAUAAGACGAUACGGGUUGUCAUACGUACCAGAAUGGAGGGAAGGAUAUACGCUAAUUAUAAGGGCACUGCUACGAAAAAAAGAAGAGGCGGUGGAAGCUCUCAUUAUGAAUAAUGCAAAUGUAAAUGGACCAAGUCACGCAAACUCCAUAGUCCCAUUAUGCAGAAUUUUGAAAUAUUCGAACACGGAAUUGGCAUGGUUACUCAUAGCUCGAGGUGCAAAUAUCAAUUCGAACAAUGAUGACAGUGGAAAUCGACCGAUACAUCAACUCGUGAUCGCUGUUGGGCAGGAAGCAGGAGCGAGCAGGACAAGGCUGACAGAGAUAAUGGAAUACAUGCUGCAGAAUGGAGUCGAGGUAGAGGCAAGAAAUCGUGAGGGGCUAGAGUGA